UUCUUGGUCUUUCGUGUUGAGAUUGUCACCAAACCUUUUGAUUUCUUGGUCCAGGUUAUUUGCUAAAUUCAUCGAAUUCAUCAUGAAGGAAAUAAACUAUUCAGAGUUAACUGUUUAUAGAUUUCGCUUUAAUUAUAUUCGGGUAAAAAUGUAUGCAUAUAUGCACCAUAAUCUUUAGAUGAAACAAUUCGGCCUUCCAGCUCCUAUUUUGUUACUCAGCAGAAUUUUAGUUCAAUAUGCCUUCUUCCAAACAAACAAUUUGUUCGCUGGUUUUAAUAUUUUUAUCAAGUGCUGGAUCUACUCAGAAAGAUUAUUGUGCUAAAUCAGAAGGACAAUGUUGUCGGACAUUUGCAACAGAAGAGUUCAACCAGACUUCACGGUCCAUAUUUAUGAUACGGCCUCAGGGUCGUUUGGGCAAUCACAUAACGGCCUUUGCUCAUCUCUACCAAUUAAGAGAAGAGCUUGGAGUUGAUGUUUACAUGGAGAGAGAAACGAAAGAUCUCAUGGGUUCGGUUUUUUCGGAUGCCACCCUCCAAGUUAUGCCAGUCUAUGAGGAAGAAUUCUGUAACUUUGAUGCUAUUCCAUUGACGGAAAUUGAUCUUAAUAUCCCGUUACUGCUGCAAGAAAAAACGUACCGCCAAGGUCAAACCUUAUCUUUAAGGAACAAGCCGAAUCAAGGAACGAAAAUAUAUGAGGACUAUGUGGCGAGAUUGACCGCGUCUAUGAAGUCAGUCUUGCAUUUUCGUACUGAAAUACUUGAAAAAGUUUGGUCGAAGAUGGAAAAAAUUGCAAUCAAAUUUUGGACGAAGCAUCCCAGGAUUAAGCCAGAGACUCCGAUUACCUGGAUUGGCAUUCAUAAUCGCCGAACAGAUUUGAAUAAUUAUGCGUGGAAGAAGCAUGGCUUGGUCCCUUUAGAAGAGGAAUAUUUUGUCGAAGCCAUGGAUUAUUACAGGGAGCGUUUUGGAGAGGCCGUAAUAUUUUUGUACGUGUCAGAUGACAUGAAGUGGGGCCGCCAGAACCUGAUGAAUCCUAAGCGAGAUCUCUUCUUUGUUGGCAAUGGAAAGACAGAAGACAUGGACGAGAUUGCGUUUGAUAUGACGAUAUUGGCUCAAUGUAAUCAUUCCAUUACAACUCGGGGCACCUUCGGAAUUUGGACUGCCAUAUUGGCGGGUGGACUUGUUCAUCAUGAGGGUGGAGUGACUGACGAUCUUUUUCAUGUCUAAUUUGGAAGAAGAAUUUUUGAUACCAAAUAUAUUUUAUAACAUAUAGAACCCGAAAAGAAUGUUGAAAAAAAAAUCAAAUAAGUUCAAAGCAUGCUCCAGAGUUGUUUUAUUU